UGUUUUUAAUACCAAGGCGGCAAAGUGUCUGUUUCGUGGAGGAUAUAUCUGUGCGCGAAUUUUAAAAGUUAUGUCUGUCAAGUCGACAAGAGAGGUAGAUCCUAUUAAAAAUGAACGAACUGGAAAUGUAAGAGAAGUAGGCGCUCACGCCAUAUGGAGUCUUUCAUCAUGCAAACCAGGUUUUGGAGUGGAUCAAUUGCGAGACGAUCGAGCUGAUACUUAUUGGCAAUCGGACGGUCAACUUCCUCAUCUAGUCAACAUUCAGUUUCAGAGAAAAACUACACUAAGUGAUAUUUAUAUUUACACAGAUUACAAACUAGAUGAAAGUUAUACACCAAGUCGGAUAUCCAUACGGGUUGGGACUCACUUUAAUGAUAUACAGGAGAUAGAAGUUGUGCCAUUAUCAGAACCAUCAGGUUGGGUCCAUGUUCCAAUACGAGAUAUUUAUGACAAACCAAUUCGAGUAUUUAUGAUUCAAAUUGCUGUCACCAGUAACCAUCAGAAUGGAAGAGACACACAUCUGAGACAAAUCAAAAUUCACAGCCCGGUCGAAAACAAUGUGAGCAUUCCCUUUGAGAACAUUAGACAUUUUUCUACUGUUGAAUUCAAACAACAUGCAACUAUCCGAUAA